UAUAUACACAUUUAUUUUGCACCGAGAAGGAAGAGCGCUUUACAAGUUAAAAUACAGUGGGGGCAUAUGUGUAUUUUUUCCCCACUGUGGAUGCCAUUCUUUUUGAGAAUGGAAGCCUCAAUUUUUUGUUUCGAACCAUUUCGUUUCCGUUUCUUCCCUCUUACCGCCGAAGAGUGCAAGGCCUUUCAUGUACAGCAAGUUGCAUGAAAAUAAUUUAAACUUUCCGUUUAGCAUGUUAGCUUUUUUGCAGAUGUCCUUUUCCCAAAAGGGUUUGGUAGAGUUAGUUAAAAUAGUUGCGGAGUUCAGAGAUAUAAAUAGCAAGGAGGAGAGAGAUUUAGGUAGAAGCUUUGAAGGGGAGGGGAAAGGAUGUAGAGAGAAAACCAGUUUGGAAAUAAAUUUAGCAAGGAAUAGGGGUGAUGGGGGAGAGAGAAGUAAUGUAAUUGCUUUGAGAAUUCUUUUUGUACAUGUUGGUAUUGCUAAAUCUUUUCCUUCAUGUAGUAGAAUCAGUUCCAGAUUUAGAUUCAGUUUCUCCCUAGAGCCCCAGGACAUUUUCACCAUUUCGAUCUCAGUACUUGCACGUGAAAUAGAAACAUUCCGAGAUGAGACCAGUUUUCCGUGCUGUAUUCAUUAUUAAGAUAAUUAAACCUUUUGAAAAAGUUAACAUGUCGGAUUGACUUACGGUUUGCUGUAAACAAGUUGCUUGUUGGCCUUGUUGAAAAAUGAAAUGAGAUUAAAAUUGUUUUGCACGAGAUGACAUAUUAGCAAAAUGAAUUCUUUGCCAGGUCUUUUGGAGUCGAGGGAUGAGGUGAAGGGAGGCAGAACAAGCUUCCUUUGACAGUCUCUUUAGCAGCAUUCAUUUCAGUUUCUUUUCCUCUCUGUCUGGAGCCAGUGAUUUGCUGGUAAUGAAUGCAAAGAACUGGGUGUAGUGUUUGAUGUGUGUGCACUUUGGUGAUAGGGUUCAUAUGAAUCAUUACUCCUUACCCAGGCAGUAAUGUUCCCGAAGUUUUCUCUUCGUUCUAUGUUUCAUGGAGCUGGAGGAGGGAAUGAUAUUCAGUGGUGUUUUUCUCAGGUGAAAGGAGCAGUAGAUGAUGAUGUAGCAGAAGCAGAUAUAAUUUCUACAGUAGAAUUUAAUCAUUCUGGAGAAUUACUAGCAACAGGAGAUAAAGGUGGUAGAGUCGUCAUCUUUCAACAGGAGCAGGAGAACAAAAUCCAGUCUCAUAGCAGAGGAGAAUAUAAUGUUUACAGCACCUUCCAGAGCCAUGAACCAGAGUUUGACUACUUGAAAAGUUUAGAAAUAGAAGAAAAGAUCAACAAAAUUAGGUGGUUACCCCAGAAAAAUGCUGCUCAGUUUUUAUUGUCUACCAAUGAUAAAACAAUAAAAUUAUGGAAAAUCAGUGAAAGGGACAAAAGACCAGAAGGGUAUAACUUGAAAGAGGAAGAUGGAAGGUAUAGAGAUCCUACUACAGUUACUACACUACGAGUGCCAGUCUUUAGGCCUAUGGAUCUAAUGGUUGAGGCCAGUCCACGAAGAAUAUUUGCCAAUGCUCAUACAUAUCACAUCAACUCAAUUUCUAUUAAUAGUGAUUAUGAAACAUAUUUAUCUGCAGAUGAUUUGCGGAUUAAUCUUUGGCAUCUGGAAAUUACAGACAGGAGUUUUAACAUUGUGGAUAUCAAGCCUGCCAAUAUGGAAGAGCUAACAGAGGUGAUUACAGCAGCAGAAUUUCAUCCAAACAGCUGUAACACAUUUGUAUACAGCAGCAGUAAAGGAACUAUUCGGCUAUGUGACAUGAGGGCAUCUGCCCUCUGUGAUAGGCAUUCUAAAUUGUUUGAAGAACCUGAAGAUCCCAGUAACAGGUCAUUUUUUUCCGAAAUCAUCUCCUCUAUUUCGGAUGUAAAAUUCAGCCAUAGUGGUCGAUAUAUGAUGACUAGAGACUAUUUGUCAGUCAAAAUUUGGGACUUAAAUAUGGAAAACAGGCCUGUGGAAACAUACCAGGUGCAUGAAUACCUCAGAAGUAAACUCUGUUCACUGUAUGAAAAUGACUGCAUAUUUGACAAAUUUGAAUGUUGUUGGAAUGGAUCUGACAGUGUUGUCAUGACUGGAUCUUACAAUAAUUUCUUCAGAAUGUUUGACAGAAACACAAAGCGAGACAUAACCCUAGAAGCAUCGCGGGAAAACAAUAAGCCUCGCACAGUUCUGAAGCCUCGCAAAGUCUGUGCAAGUGGCAAGCGAAAGAAAGAUGAAAUAAGUGUUGACAGCCUAGACUUCAAUAAGAAAAUCCUUCACACAGCCUGGCACCCCAAGGAAAAUAUCAUUGCUGUAGCUACUACAAACAAUCUGUAUAUAUUUCAAGACAAAGUGAAUUAGGGUUGGCAUUCCUAGCAGAAGAACCCACUUCUUGCUUAGUUGAGAUAGUUGAAUCUAGCAUUCGUUCCUAUAAAAGAGAGAGGUCCAUUGUGGCGCCCCUUUCCAGUGUUUGACAGUGUGCCAUUCGACAACACAUUGUUAUAGCUACAUGGAGAAAGCUCUGUGGAUUCAUCACUGUGGUGUUCUCCAUGUCUGCUAGCCAUUUAGGUAAGGGUAGGGCACUUUUAAUUUAAAUGACUUCUUGCACCAUCUUGCCUAAUGGACUAGAUUGGACUGUAUCAACAUUGAUUUACUCCACUUUUUAUGCCUUCCAUUGUGAUGACGUCAAACACAGUGAAAGCCUUCAGUCAUGCUAUGGGAUUUAAUUGUGUAUCCUCAUUACUGUAUCAUUUGUGGGGUACACCCCUUCCCCCUUUUUUUAAAUUAAAUACAGCUCAUUCUUACUGUGGCUUGUAGCAUUCCUCCUCUUCUGGCCUCCUGGACUCUUCCCCUUCAUCUCUCUUACCCUUGCCCCCUCCACCCGGUCUUGGUGGUGGUAUAUUAAAAAAAGAAAGAAUGAAAGCACACAAAAUGAGUCAGUUUGGGGUCAGUGGUAUAAAGGGGGUAUAUGUUGCGAACAAAUGUUUUAAUAACAGUUGGCUGUAAUCACUCCUCGCCAUGUCUGGCACUGAAAAUAAGGAAAAAAAAACCUACUACUGAAUAAAAGUGACAAAGAAUGGA